AUGCGUUUUCUGCGCCUUGUCGUUGCGGUUCUUCAGGCCGCAUCUGCACUUUCGGCACUGGAGCUGCUUUCAGGCGAAUGUGGCAGCAUUUCAUACGACGAGCCUCACCCGGGCCAUUACACAUGCCAGCCAGCGGAUAAUGCAAAAGGAAUCCAAAUCACUCUCCGCGCCAACGAUUCCAGUAUUUCCUUCGGCUGUGGGAAGAAGACAGACACAGAGCUCAAACCGGUGGAAAAAGAAAACCAGUUCUACCAAACUGAACAAUGCGACCAGCCGACAGACCUCGACACUGUCUGUGUUGGUACCACUCUGAGCAAAAACCCUGACACCGAAGAGCAUCCAUACAAGCUUACGAUGGGGGAUGGAAAACGAGAGGCGAAAACCAUAUACUACAGCUGCGAGCCCAAGGUCGGUGGAAACGCUGAGCCUUCGGGUGAAAAUGCUCUAGCUCGGUCUCCUCCGAAAGUCAACAAAUGCAUUGUCAAAAUCAUCAUUGAACCAAAAGCCGAUGAAGACACCGGCAGCAAUCAGAACGAUGAUUCCCAAGGCAAUGGAGAAGCUAUGAAAGUCACCCAGUGCAAGGUGGAGACCGUGGAGGCGACCGCCUCCUCGGAAUCCCCGCUCGCCUUCAAAUGCGAUCCUGAAGUGUCACUGCUGCCCGCACAGCAUGAAAAGGUUUUCGACGGCAGGAAUGGAGAGUGUGAUGAAGAAGUCCCGCUCACUAGCCUCGUGGAUGCGGAGUUACAACCGCCAAAGGAAGCAGAGAAAGAAAAUGGUGUGUAUACUCUCAAAAUCAAUAAAGACCCCGAGCACGACACAACCGUAUGCUACAAAUGCGUCGCGUCUGACGGAAAGGAGUCUCCGGCCAAGCCAAGCAAGAGAUCAGAUGCGCAGCACAAGACGCAGUGUCUGCUCAAGGUUUCGGUCAAGGGAACAUCUGGAGCAGCGUCAUCAGCCGACUCCAUGUUUGUGCGUUCUGUUACCUUCAUGGCAAGCCUUGUGGUCUUCAUUUUCUUCAAGGCGUCCUGA